UGUGCAGCCUUUGCUUCAUUUAGUUGGACGUUUGGUGAAUUCCUGUGUAAAUUUGUCAAUUAUAUGCAGAAUGUGUCCAUGAUUUGCUCAGUAAUGACUUUAACAGUAAUGAGUAUUGAGAGAUGGGUGGCUAUAUUAUAUCCUCUGAAAGCAAAAUAUCUGUGUACCUAUUCUCAUGCACGACAAAUGAUAGCUGCCAUAUGGACAACAUCUUUUAUCAUGGCUAUACCUGUAUUGAUUGGCCAGAAACAUAUCUUAGUUGGGGAGAGAAUCAAGGCUUAUUGGUGUAUAACUGAGUGGUCGUCAACAGAAAUGGAGAUAUUAUUUGAAGUUUACAGAUUUACUCUACUAUUUAUAAUACCCAUGACAGUGAUGAUUAUAGCUUAUACUGGAAUCUGUAAAGAAUUAUUACAAUUAUCAUCAGUACGAGGAAAUCUUACAUCGUCUUCAUGUGGAAAAAGACCGACAGCAACCAGUUCAGAUAGAAACACGUCAUCACCUUCUGAUGACAAAUCUGAUAUUCAAAAGUUGAAUAAGAAAAACAAAACAGACGAUGUUGAUGAAAAGACCAUGAAGGUUAUCCAGAUGUUGAUAGUAGUGGUGGUGCUGUUUGCUAUUUGUUGGGGACCAAUUCUAAUCAACAAUCUUCUAGUAGCUGUUGGAGCUAUAGAAAAAUAUCAUUAUGACUAUUUAAAACCGAUGAGACAAGCCUUCUUUCUGAUGUCUUAUUUCAACAGUUGCUCCAACCCAAUUGUGUACGGAUUCAUGUCCAAACAUUUCAGACGCAGUUUUCAGCGUGCUAUUAUGUCAUGUUUUUGCUGUCAAGAUAAAAAGUCAUUCCAUAAAAUCCGGUACAGCUUAAAUGCAACCAGAUCAACAGUAUUGUAUAGUGGACAUCUGAAUAGAACCGGACAACGGCAAGACAAGGACAUCAAGAAGAAUGUCGGGCAUUUUUAUCGGACUGACACUGCUUCUCCUAUGGUUGGAAUAAAACUCUCUGCGCUGGCUUCACCUGCCAAAAGAAACACCGUCAAUAGAAAUAAAGUAUGA